GUCUGGACUUGUGGGUUUGAACAUGUCGCGCCUGAAGGGAGUGGCCGAGCGGGAUCCCCGAGUGGGUUUCCGAUCUGAGAGGAGAGACUGCGGUGCCUCCGUACCCCAGGGGCUUUUAAAGGCAGCGAGGAAGAGCGGCCAGUUAAACUUGUCGGGUCGGAAUCUCAGUGAAGUACCUCAGUGUGUCUGGAGAAUAAAUGUGGAUAUCCCUGAGGAAGCUAAUCAGAAUCUUUCAUUCAGUGCUACUGAGCGAUGGUGGGAGCAGACGGAUUUGACCAAACUAAUCAUAUCCAACAAUAAACUUCAGUCACUUACAGAUGAUCUCCGACUGCUGCCUGCACUCACUGUUCUUGAUAUACAUGAUAAUCAGCUGACAUCCCUUCCUUCUGCUAUAAGCGAGUUAGAAAAUCUUCAGAAACUUAAUGUCAGCCAUAACAAACUGCAAAUACUCCCUGAAGAAAUUACAAACCUGAGAAACCUGAAGGGCCUCUAUCUCCAGCAUAAUGAACUAACUUCCAUUCCAGAGGGAUUUGAACAACUUUUCAACUUAGAAGACUUGGAUCUUUCCAAUAAUCGUCUUACAACUGUUCCUGCUAGUUUUUCUUCUCUGUCCAGUCUGGUGCGACUCAAUCUUUCCAGUAAUCAGCUGAAGAGUUUGCCAGCAGAAAUAAGUGGAAUGAAAAGAUUAAAGCACUUGGAUUGUAAUUCAAAUCUCUUAGAAACUGUACCUCCUGAAUUGGCUAACAUGGAGUCAUUAGAAUUGCUCUAUUUGUGGAGGAAUAAAUUACGUUUUCUACCAGAAUUUCCUUCUUGUAGAUUAUUAAAGGAAUUACAUGUAGGUGAAAACCAGAUUGAAAUGUUAGGGCCAGAACAUCUUAAGCAUCUGAAUUCUAUCCUUGUGCUAGACCUGCGGGAUAAUAAGUUAAAAUCUGUUCCAGAUGAAAUUACACUACUACAGUCUUUGGAAAGGCUUGACCUAAGCAACAAUGAUAUUAGUAGUCUACCUUGUUCAUUGGGAAAACUUCAUUUGAAAUUUCUGGCACUAGAAGGAAAUCCUUUGAGAACCAUUCGAAGAGAAAUUAUAAAUAAAGGAACCCAAGAAGUCUUAAAAUAUCUGCGAAGCAAGAUUAAAGAUGAUGGAGCUAGCCAGAGUGACUCCGUUACUGAGACUGCCAUGACACUACCAAGUGAAUCCAGAGUCAAUGUACAUUCCAUCGUCACAUUAAAAAUAUUAGACUAUAGUGAUAAACAAACAACUUUGAUUCCUGAUGAAGUAUUUGAUGCUGUAAAAAGCAACAUUGUCACUUCUGUUAACUUCAGUAAGAAUCAGCUAUGUGAAAUUCCUAAAAGGAUUGUGGAACUGAAAGAAAUGGUUUCUGAUGUCAAUCUCAGUUUUAAUAAGCUUUCCUCAAUAUCCUUGGAUUUAUGUAUGCUUCAAAAAUUGACUUUUUUAGACCUCAGGAACAAUUUUUUAAAUUCUUUGCCUGAAGAAAUGGGAUCACUGAUAAGACUGCAAACAAUUAAUCUUUCCUUUAACAGGUUCAAAAUACUACCUGAAGUUCUGUAUCACAUCCCCACACUUGAAACAAUUUUGAUUAGUAACAAUCAGGUUGGAUCUGUGGACCCUCAGAAAAUAAAGGCAAUGGAAAAUCUGAUCACACUGGAUCUUCAGAAUAAUGACCUCCUACAAAUUCCACCAGAGCUUGGUAAUUGUGUGAACCUAAGAACAUUACUACUGGAUGGAAAUCCAUUCCGAGUUCCUCGAGCAGCCAUAUUGAUGAAAGGGACAGCUGCUAUUCUGGAAUAUUUGAGAGACCGGAUUCCUACUUAAACUGGAGUUGUUUCAUAAGCAUGAUCAUGUUAAUUCUUAGACUUCUUAACAUUGAUAAGUAAUGUUUUUCUAAGGUAUCGUGUGCAUUUAUGAAGGUGAUAACCACAUACAGUGUUAAUGCAUUUAUUUUGAUUGUUUUGCAGAAGAUUUAUCUUACUUUCAUUCCUUAUAAGAUAGCAGUUUCUUCAAAAGUGAGUUUUUAUUUAAUGAAGUUUAAUAGUUUUAUAAUGAUAAACCAUUUUUGUAGAAGUGGGCUUUUUCUCCCCAUUUCUCUUUGUGUUACAUAUAACAUGACCAGUUGAUUUGAAUAUGACCAUCUAAUUUCUUCCUUUUUGUUACAUACAAAAUUGAAUUGAAUUUUAUUCCAAACUGUUCUUUGGUGUUUAAAAAAAUAAGACUUUUCCUUACCCAUGGUAAGACUUAUGUAAUAUGGUUAGUCUUGGUAUAAGUUUUAAAUUAAUAUUCACUGUCUUGUUUUUGUUUUAAUCCAGUUGAAAUGUUUCUUUUCUAGCCUUUUGCUCAUAUCUUAUGAAACCAUUUUGUCAGAAAUGUUACAUGAGAUGUAGUUAUUGGUAGAGAAAACAGUAAAAGUGUUAUAAUUGUCCUCACAAUUUUGAAUUUAAAACUUUCAAUGAAAUGCAUGCAUUAAUAUAUAAUAUGUCUAUUCUUUUUUAUAUCUUGGUAAUAAGUUUCUAUACAAUAAUCUAGUACUUCUGGAUUCAAGAAAUUUAAAGAGAUUGGAUCUACAUAUUUUUACCUCCGAGUAUGAGUGUUUAAAAAUACCUUUUGUUCUUUUUAAGUACUGAAGACCUUAUUUCAUUAAUUCUAUGGAUAUCAGCAACAGAGUAUAACUAAUAACGUAUAGUACUUAGAAAUCUUGACAUAUACUUUCUUAAAUACUUACUAAGCAGGUAUUUGUACACAUAAUCUAUUCUUUUGGUGUGUUCUACUCUAAAUUUGUGCAACUUUUUUAUUUCCAGAGUCUUACUUUUCAAAUUUGCUUCUAAUCUUCAUAAGACUGAACCUAUAGUUAAUGUGGUAAUUUUCUAAAAGAGAAUUUGUUAUAGGUUAACUUGAUUUAGUAAAAAUAAAAUAUAAACAUUUUUAUUUACACAAAAAAUACCAGAAGUAGGCUGAUCAGUCAUUAUGAAACUUACCAUGUGAAUCUAUUAAGUAGCCAAUCAACAGAAUGUAUAUUAAUCUAUAUAGACAGAUAGGUAGGUAGGUAGCUUUUGGGUGAUUGAGACAUGCUCAUAUUAUGGGGGAAAAAAACCGUUGCUUAUUAACAAGGAUCAAUAGCUACAUGUCCAUAAUAAAAGUUAUAUUUUUCAAAUAUUG